UCUUAUAGAUUCAGUUAUUGAAAAAUGAAGGAUUGACAUUUAUCAAGAAAGAAAAACAAAUUAGUGAAUUGAGAGAAAAAUAUUAUGAAAUGAAAGAUUUUAGAAAGAAGAAAGAAAUUAGCAUUGCAAUGAUGAAGAAAUCUAAAAAUAGAUUGAGACAAAAAGCAUUAGAUAUAGAAAAUGAAUUGAAAUUUCAUCAACAAAUGUUAGAUUUUCUUUUCAAACAAGAACUGCAAAUUGAAGAGGCUGAAAACGAAGAGUUAUUUUCUAAUAUAAAAAAAUUAAAAAAUAUUCUUGAAGAACAAAAGAGAGUUGAGAAGGAACAUCAAAGAGAGCUUCAUCUUUUAUAUGAUGAAGAAGCAGAAAGAAUAUGGAAAAGCAGAGAAGAUGAGUGGAAUAAAGACAGAGAAGCUAGGGAGAGUAUAAUGAAUAAAAUUUUAAAAGAAUUGAUGUGUAAAAUUCAAGAGGCAAUCAAAAAGAAUAUAACAAGGCAAAAAGAGAAAUUACAGAAAACAGAUCUCUUGAUGAAGGAAUUAAUAAAUGUUAGAAAUAAAGUAAAAGAAGAAAAACAAAUUGUCAAUAUAAGUCAGUUUCAAAAAGAGUUAGAAACUCAGAUCGAAAAUCGUCUAUCGAAAUAUGAAGAGGAAAAACGACAGAUCGAAGAGGAAGUAGCAAGAAUUAAGCUGCUGGAAGUACAGGAACAAGCUUUCCUGGAAGAAGAAGGAUGAUGGAUGUCGAUUCUAACACUCUCAUCCCUCAGCACCAGCCUGGACGCCAUCCACGUCCGACACGGUAGGAACCGACGCUCAUUUCCAGGCCGAGCGCGAUAAUUAAGAAAUUAAGACAGUUAAUUGGGAAUGUUACAGUUCCCUCAUUAACACUGAUAAUUAGCGGCACUCCCGGGAACUUGUCCUUAAUGAGGUGUCAAGCGAAGAACUCCGACUCGAAGAGAUACGCACUUUUUAUCUUUUUAUUUAAGCUCGCUCUUUGCUUUUUCGUUUUGUCGUCACUCAAAGAACUUAUAUGUAAUCUCUCUCACAGACAAUAAAAGAGUCUCAGACAACUGCGGCCUUUUCUCUUUUCUAAAAGUACUCGACUUAGUUCGUGCCACUCCGUUUCGGUCGGUGUCCGCUCC